AUGACUCCCAAAAAGCCUAACUCGGCUCUACGCAAAAUAGCCAGGGUCCGGUUGACUAACGGAGUUGAGGGUGCAGGCAGUAUGUCAAGAAGAAGAAGGGCCAUCCCUCGGAUAAUACCCGAAGACUCCCGAUACAAUAGUGUUCCUCUGGCGCGGUUUAUUAACCGGGUGAUGACUCGUGGCAAAAAGACCACCGCCCAACGGGUAGUUUAUGGUGCUCUAGAACUGGUGCAGGACGAGUCGCGGCGGGAUCCUAUGGAAAUUUUUGAACAAGCCCUUAAGAACGCAACUCCCCUGGUUGAAGUUAAACCCCGCCGUAUCGGCGGGGCUACUUAUCAGGUGCCCACAGAGUUAAGAGCCAAUCGCAGCGAAGCGUUGGCCAUGCGGUGGCUGAUUCGCGGUGCGCGGGGACGGGCAGGCAUGCCCAUGCGUCGCGGACUCGCCAAUGAGUUAAUGGAUGCAGCGCGUGGUGAGGGUUCGGCGGUGCGCCGCCGAGAGGAAUUGCACCGAAUGGCGGAGGCCAACCGGGCUUUUGUUCAUUAUCGCAGGUAG